AUGGAUCCCGGUCAGCACGAGUAUAUAUUGGAAGUAUUCGCCGACCAGACCUUUGUGAAGGACAUCGUCAAAGGAGUCCUCCAUACGAUUUUCUUCCACCGAUACUUCCCACCCAUCAGGCCGACACUAUACUCGCCGACCGCCUCGUCCUCACACAGUACAUCAUCUCACACGGCGCAAUCGCUGCCCAUCCCACUCCCCUCGAUUCUCGACCCGCCCGAGAUCUCAACGGCCAUCGACUCCCAUACCGCGCUGCUGGUCUCACAGCUGACGUCCCCGACCUCGUCCAAUUCCGGCCCUGGCGGUUCGAGGGGCGAGAUCGUUGUCCGCUUCUUCGAUCGCAAACGCCGCCGCACAGGCAUCACCACAGGCUGGCUGGGCCGUUUGGGGGGCGGAGGCGGCCAGACGGACGAGGAGGUCUGUUGGGAGGAAUGGUGCGUUCAGGUUGUCGUGGCUCGGCCGCGCAGUGAGGCAGACCGCAUUAAAGUGAGAAGAGCCAUGGAGUCGUCUCUACAGAAGACGGCUAUGAAGAUCGUCGCCAUUGUAAAUAGGGAUAAGGAUCAUAUCCCUCCCAUUACCACCAGUGAUCAGAACCCUUUCCCAUACCGGAUUGCCGUCAAUCCUAAGCAAACAGAAAACGUGGAACGUGGAUUUGGUGGCUGGAAUUGA